AUGAAUAGAUCGCCUCGUGGAAGAGAAAAUUUUUAUCUCGAAAUGGAAUCAGCUAGAAACGAUACUGAAGCAGAAAUGUACCAUGACGUAGUUGGCGCGAUUUCAUCAAAGCCAAAGAGCUCUAGGAAAAUUCUGUUGGGGGGAGAUGAAAGGCAAACAGGAACUACAGAGAGUGCCAUUCAAGUUCUAAAUUAUGCCCUGCAUUCACAAGCUGCUGUGGUGCGUCGUCUUCUGUGCAUUUCGGUCGCUGUUGUUACUGUUGCUUUCCUGACAGCGGCCGCCACUUUGGUAUUAGCUUUAUUCUUGAUGUUACAUGGAACAAACAACAUGGCGGUGUCAUCAAACAAUGACGACCCUUUGCAAGGUGAGCAGACUACCAGGAGAAUUUUUUUUUCAAUGUACAGAUUACUGCAUGAAAAUUAAGUUGUGCGCGUAAAGAGCAAACCAAUUUUAAGCUGAAGAAGGGAGUAAUAAGGUUUCCUCUCCUAAACGAUUAUACUUGUGAAUUAUUCUUAAAAAUUAUGCUUGAAUUUAAUGAUCACUGGGAGACUGAGUUGAUUCCGAGAGAAAAUGACGAUUUAAACAGCUGAGUUUAUGAGUAUUUUCAUUUUCAAAUGGUGUUUAAAAGAAGGAAAUUACAAUGAAUGUUUAUUUCAGAUUCGUGUAAAAGGUUUGAAACAUAAGGUAUUUGUCUUUCGUUUUCAUAAAACAUAAUAGCGAUUGGACUCAAAGUAUAUCGGCCCUGGCAUGUCAUGCAAAUAGAAACACGAGACUUCCGUACAAAAGCUUCUUAAGCCAACAACUCACUCAAAAGCCGACCCAGAAAAAUGCAUGAAAGUAAUGAUUAUAAACUUCUUGAAAGUCCUUCCAUCUGCUAUUGAGGAGAAAGAGACUACUAGAGUAUUUUCAAAGAAAACUGUGGAAUUUUGUAUCGGGAGGUUUUUGGGCCCACAAUAUUAGAAAUUAUUGAUCAAUGAUACGCACGGCCAUAAAUUGUUUUCCCCAACUUUUCGGGAAAUAAAGAGACCGCGACACUUAGUAAGGGAAGGGUGACCCUUGACGGAAUUUUAUUUUCCCGAUUAGUGACAAGCAGUUUACUGGGGGCAUGUCACACGUGAACUUGGUUAUGCGGAUUCCGCCCUACGAAUAACUAAAAAACUCAGUAGUGAGCUCGGCCAACAUCAGGUCAGCGCCGAUGAUGAAGUUUCACCUGGAUAAAUAGAACGAGAAGAAUGCCAAAUUUUGAAACCGAAAUUAAUUAUAGAAAGAAGUUGUUGGGCUUAUCACGAAUGAGCUGCAAUAUACAGGACUUGUGUCACAUUUCAAUCUACUCAACAUUAAGUCUCUGUGGCUCUGCGGAAGAGUUCUUAAGGUCAGAGGAUUGAAUCCUAGUGGAGGACCCACACUUUUUUCUUUGUCCCACGCUCUUGACAAGACAAAUACAACAACAACAACUGUAACAUCGUUUAUUAGAGAAAAUGUCAUUUAGCAACUCGGGACUCAUCAUUCAUGAUCCAGUCAACGUUAUAAGUAACCUGCAUUCUUUUUAGAGUCGAAGCUAUCACGGUCGAAAUUUGAGGCUGACCUAAAGGCAGUGAAGCAGAACAUCUCCACAAUUCAGUCACGCGCUGCUGAUAAAGCGGUGGGUAGCUAUCACAGCCAAGGCUUAUCAAUCUGGCUUAUAUUUUUAUGUAAUGUUAUAUUCGUAGGAGACGUGGUUCAUCACGUGACUAAGUAUAAAAAGUCAGUGAAUUCCAAUAUUAUUCAGCGAAAGAAUGUUUACGGAUUUAUCCGUUGUCAACCAUUGAGAACUGAUUUAUUUGUUUCAGCCAGAAGGAUAAUCUUGCUUACGAGGGUGAUUUUAAAGCAUGUUGCAUCGAGAAUAUUGGUAAAAGGAAGAAGCUAAAACGUUAGCACCUUUAAGUACUUUUUAAUCUUCACCCAUUUUUGGUUUGAUUAAGAACGCCUCUUUUAUUUCAGUUUGCCGGGGAACUCGAGAAACUGAAAGCAAAGGUGAGUGUUGUUUGUUUACUUUUCCUCCCCAACAGUGUUUCAAAGUUUCGAUAAAUAAAGAAGUGUACCUAGUAGGACAGUUACUUCAAAGCAAAAUCUCGCUAAAUAUGACAUCAUGCAUGUAUGUUCUAUAACGAAAGCCUAUUUGUAGUUCCCUACCCAGACUUCCCUUGGGCUUGGGCUCAAAUCACCUGAGUUUGUUUGUUGCUUUUCCUUUUUUUUUUUUCUUUGUGUUUUUUGGUUUUGUUGCUGUAUUUUUGCAGAUCAUAAUUUUUUCAAGUUGUUAAUUAUAUUUUUAAUCAUAUUAUAUUUUUGUAUUUUUGCCAUACUUAACUUGUUUCAGCGUCGCUGAAAUUAAACUUAAGUUUCCCAGUUCAUUGCUAGUCUCUGCCAUUUUUAUAUCGGUAUUUCAUGUCGUAAACAACAUCGCCUAAUUAUUUGCGUACCUUUUCUUAUUCUCUCGUCACACCCAUAGUCUUUUUUUUUCUUUUUUUUCCUUUUUGAUACCACGAUAGUUUUAUUCAAUUUUAAUCUGACUACCAAAGCACAUUUUCCCGUUAUAAACCCACGCAGGAUGUUGGGAGAAAACGAGAAAAGCUUCAAAUUAUUGAAAUUCGGUCCCUUUAUAAACGCGUUUUAAAAAGGUACCAAAUUUCAUUUUGUUUCAUGGCUGUCAGAAAAGAAAACUUUUGUACCUUUAUCAGCCGUUUAGCGAGAGUUGUUCGCGCUAUUUCACAUAAAUCGCGAGACAAAGGCGAUCUUUCAGCUCUAUUGUAUUUGGCAAUUUCAUCAAUCAUCACGGAAAGAUAAAAACAUAGGUCUGGAGAGCGGUUUGACCAAUCACAUAAUACGAACUAUGCUCAGCAAUGUUCGGAAUAAUUAUAUAGCCGGUGCUAAAUAGAGAAUCUUGAAUUUUGAAUCCAAAAGUAUCAUUAAAUGAUUUUUGUCACAAGAUUUGAAUAAUAUUAUAAUGUCAUGUCAUGAUAUCUAAAUGUUACAGGUAAUUUAGAAAAGAAAAAAUUGUGCCGAUCCAGAAAUUAAAACAUGUUUGGCAUUUUAAAAUAUUCUUAUUUAUACAAAACGGAGUAUUAACUUUACCUAUAGGUUAUAUGAUACAUACACUUAAAAUUAUAUUCAAAACAUUUCAUAUCUGCUCGGUAGUAAAUAUCAUUAUCAUCAUGAGCGUCAAUAUUAUAAUAAUUUCUAUCACAAUUACAACAAUCACAAUUAUAAUUGAAGGAGCUAAAUUAUUGUUACAAAGCCUUUCCGUACAAUUAUAUAUUUACAACUACUUCAUCCUUUUUUUCGCCACUUGACCAUGCUCACAGAAAAAAUAACGUAAGAUUUAUUGCAUUAUUCAAUUGCAGAUUAGUGAGAUCGGAGAGAAGGUUACAAAUUUGGACAAGGGUAACAUCUCAGAUAAUGUCCAGGUACAUUACGAGUAUCAAUAAUAGGAGAAAAGAGGCAAUUUUUCGCACCAAGAAGAUCUAUUGCGCGUACACAAUACAUUCUUGAUUUGUAAAAGAAAACCAAGCAAUGUCGCACUGUAGCAAUUUACCUCAACAAUGCUGUUUCUUCAGUUUAAUAUUUUGUCUUUCAUUGUUUUCUCUUUUUCUGCCCAUAGAAACAAGAUGAGGCAAAGCUCGACUUGGAGAUUGUAAAAUCAGUGAAUGCCACUGUAACUGGAAAGCUGAGAGACGUUCAGCAAGACAUAACCAGGCUAGAGCAAAUGGUAAGUUGAUUGACAAUCGGAGAAAAUAAUGGGUCCUAUUUUCUCUUGGUAACGGCCAAUUCUUUAUUGGGGUACCACAAUAGAAGUUGAUCAUCUAGGUGUAAAUUUACAGUAUAACUUGUCAUGCUGGUAACUUUAAUUAUCCAUAGGUCAUUUCCGCGCAGCCUCAGCAAAAGUCCUACAACGCUAGAAAUAACAAUAAGACUAUUGUGUCAUGUUUAAGGCGAGAAGUUAGUUCAAGACAAUAGAACAUUUCUCGAUACGACGUUGUUUGCAAUACGUACACAAACACUGACUACCACUGGCUGACUUAUAGUAUUGAUAUAAAGACAUUUUGAAGCAGCUUUGCAAAAUGUCAUGAAAAUUAUCAUAAAAAAGAGAUUUGUAUGUAUUGAAUUCCCACAAGAGAUGCUCAUAUAGAAAAUAAACAUUGCACAAUGUCCCUUUGCUUCAGGUAAUAAAAAUAAGCAAAGAUCCGGGACCGAGGGGACCACGUGGAUUCAAUGGUACAAACGGUCUUCCUGGACGACCCGGAUAUAGCAAUUGGACACUCUGUUCUUACAACCACCAAGCCAGUGCUGGUGUAUCUCCAUCAGUCUAUGCAAAUCAAGAGGUGCAAAUAACUGAACCAAAUGUAAGUCACACUCUUUCAACCAUAAACCACCUUGGGCUUAGAGAAAAGUGGCCUGUGUAGAGUGGUAGAGAAGUAGUGGUACCAUAAAACGCCCACUUUCCGCAAGUCAAAAAAUUAAAAAAAUUUUUUAAAUGUUUUGAAAUAUAUAAAAGAAUAGUUUCCUAUACCAACAUUAGCGAAACAUAGAAUUAGACAAGAAACAUUUUGUUUUCUCUGCAGUGAAAUGAAAGUGUGAUAACUUUUUUUCUUUUUUUUUUUUUUCGUAAUUGUAACUUUUUGAGAUUUAUUCGUUUCAACAGCGAUGUAUUUGCAGUUACAAUCCAUCUAAUAUUUUAGCUCAUGCGCGAGUUUGGUCUUAGGGCAUCACGUGAUCGAAUAUGUCCCAGAGAAUAACUGGAGAAUUUCCAAGGAUGUACUCCUAGUGAUAUUCUUCGAUUUUGAAACAUGGCGUCUAAUACGAAAACACCGCGCGUUUAAAAUUUAACACUAGAUGAAAGAGCAUUUAGCACUGUUACAGAAGAAGGGAUACACUUGUUUGUUCAUCGAGUCGUACCUGAGAACACUGAAAGUAAACUUCCCACACUGUUCAUAAACAUUUUUCCUACGCGUUGAGACAAAUAUUUGAAAGAUAAUAAACGCAAUAGCCUCCAGCAAAAAUGUGUGCGUUUAUUUCUCCUUCGGCAUUUCCUGUUGAGCUUUGCUCUAAGAAUACUGUUCGCAUCUCAGAACAGGCAUAAUGUCCGUGGAAUAAUAUCCACGUGCUUCAUUUUGUGUCGAAUGAAAACGACUGACUACUCUAAUAUUGCUAGAAUUACUAAGAGUUCUCUGAGUUCUUCGGUUUCGGAUUUUUCAAUUGAAGUAUAUAACCAGACACAUCUACAUCUUUCCAGGUGUGCGUUGAAGCAAAAUCGAGGAAAUCCUUAACCUUAACCUUAACCCUUACCCUUAUGCAGUUUCAGCUUUUAAUUCAAAUGAAAUUUGCUUCGAGAAAGGCAUGAGGGACACAUUUAAAAUUCUGUGAAAACUUCAUCCCUUCACAAAAUAAGUGUUUUUUUCCGUGUCUUAAAACUACUUUUAAAAGCCGCCAUUUGAAAAGGUUACGGGCUAAGUUAGAACUAAAAUCUGUACGAAAAAGUUUGACGAAACUAAAGCGUUAAAGGAUUUUUUUCUCCUUUUCUUGCAGGGUAAAAAGUUUUUGGGUGUUACCUGUGACACCAAUGACGCAAAAUUUGUGCAGAUGACGAGCACUACCUCUAAAUACAGUAUAAAUUACAAAUGCACAUGCACUGAAACUUUACGGAGUGGGUUCUCAAAAAUGUACUGCUACCUACACUACUGGGAAUGCCCAACUUAA